CAUUGUUGUAGCGAGAGAACUACCUUCGGAGUCAGGAGUCUGUCUGGUUAGCUUGGUGGUAAAGUAGCAAAGUAUUAAAUGAACGAACGUUAUUACAAAGGUCCGUAAUACAACGUCGGUAAUUAUGAAUGACAGAGAGGCGCCACUGAGUAUAUCAUGGCACGACACUGCAUGGAUACCAGUGCUCAACCCAGGAAAUGUGAUGGAUUAUUUCUCGGACCGCAGCAACCCGUUUUACGAUCGAACAUGCAACAACGAGGUUGUGAAGAUGCAAAGGCUUGGUCUUGAGCAGCUAAACAACAUGUCAGGGCUGGAGUACAUCCUUCUGCAUGUCCAGGAACCAAUUCUCUAUGUCGUGAGGAAGCAACAUCGACACUCGUCCACCCAAGUUACUCCACUGGCCGAUUACUACAUCAUAGCAGGCAUUGUGUAUCAAGCACCUGACCUGUGCUCAGUCAUCAACUCCCGUCUGCUUAACACAACUCAUUAUCUUCAGUCAGCAUUUGAGGAGGCCUUGUCAUUUUCAAGGUAUCAUCCAUCUAAAGGAUACUGGUGGGAGUUUAAGGAAAAACAGCAAGACACAAAAAACAAAAAGAAAGAAAAGAAGAAAGAUGAACAGGGAUCAAUUUUCCAGAUACAGAGAGUAGAUGCAUUGUUAGAAGACCUUUCAAAAAGAUUCCCUCCGAAGUCAAUCCAACCACCACCACCACCUCCACCAGAAAAACCAAUUGACCAGGAGAACAAGUCAUCGGAGGAAAAAGUAGAUGUGAAACUCGAGAAAGAGGAGGAUGAGACUCCAACUCAGUCAGCGGCACAAAGGCGACCUGCUCCCACGGAUGGGAUCAAACCUCCCCCUGAUAAAAAACCAAAAUUAUUGCGCUAAUUUAAAAACAGCAUAAAGCUAAGUUCAUUAUAUAUCUAAAUUAAAUAUAUAUUUUUGUGAUGUAUAUAUCAUAUAUCUAUAGUGGCUUUUUAAAACUAUCUGUGUGAUGGGAUGUUUUGUUAUGAAAAUUAAAAUAAUGUAAUUACUAUGUUGGGUGUCGAUACAGUAAAAUAUAGAAAUGUUUGUUUUGUGAUCUGUCAAUAUUUGGAAUUAUUAACAUUCCCUAAUAUAAUAGAUAAGGUUUAGUAAGUAUUUUUUUUAAACAAAUAAACUUACUCAUGUAUAA